UCGUGGGCUUUACUUCUUCGUUCUUGCGAAUUGAGAAGCUUCCUGUGUUCAGCAGUAGUUGCGGAUUUACAGAUCUACAUCGGCAGGCCAUAGACAAUGUUGGGCUUUUUUCGAGGAUUCAACCCACGUCUACCUGGCAGGUCCCGCUCUCGCAGAAGAUACAGGGAUGGGGGCGUCGAAGGCAUACGCAGGAGCUAUUUUGCCAGGCGGUUCCCCUCCUACUCCAGCUCCAACUCGCGACCACGACCUUCAGAGUGUGACGACAGGUUCGUACGCCCUCAAAGACCUGACUUCUCUCAACAGCCUGGCAUGGAACAAUCUACAGUGUCUGAUAAAGACGAUUCGAGACCGCAACAACCUUCGUUCCGCCCACACCGCCUUGGACAACAACGCCCGAGGCCCCAACAACGCCCGGGACAACAGGGUCCGCGCCGCCCACAACGCCCGGAACAACAGGGUCCGUGCCGCCCACAACGCCCUGGACAAGAACGACCGUGCCGCCCACAACGCCCUGGACAACAACGCCCGGAACAGCAACGCCCGAGGCCCCAACAACGCCCAGAACAACAACGCCCGAGGCCCCAACAACGCCCGGAACAGCAAGGCCCGACGCUUGGUCAAACAGUCCUCACCCAACAACAAGAGCAAACAGUGCCACAGGAACCAGCAGUGUGUGUGGAGCCGCCAGUGACAGAGCCGGAAGUGUUUGUGGAGCCGCCAGUGACAGAACCGGAAGUGUGUGUGGAGCCGCCAGUGACAGAACCAGAACCAGAGCCAGAGCCGGAGGUGUGUGAGCCGGAGGUGUCUGAAGAGCUGGAAGAGCCAGAGGAAUUAGAAGAGUCAGACGAGUAUGUUGAACCAGAGGAGCCAGAGGAGCCAGUGGUACCAGAGGAGCCAGAGGUUGAGGAAGAAGAACUGGCAACAAAACUGCACGUCACUGCGGUUGACCUUCACUAUGAGGACAAUGCCAAAGAACACCACACUGACAUGUACGCAUGCUCGAAGGGAACUGAAGAGAGAGAUGCAGAGCUGGUUCUCCGUAGAGGUCAAGAGUUCAAGAUGACCAUCACCUUCGAUAGGCCAUAUGACAUCAAGAAGAAUGACAUCACGCUGAUGUUUAAUUUGGGUGACGAAUACAAACCACACAAGGGUUUGAACGCAUCCUUCACGGUGGACGAAACUGGGGCCACGAAGUACAAGCCCAACAACUGGGGUGCGACGGUCACAGGGCAGGAAGGAAACUCCCUCACACUGUCCGUCUUCAUCCCCGCAACCACGCCCAUCGGCGAGUGGGAGUUUGCCAUCCAGACAAUCGUGGAUGUCAAGGACGACAAGAAUAUUAUCUGGCAGUACAACCAUACAGCUGACGUCAUUGACAUCAUAUUCAACCCAUGGUGCAAAGAGGACUGGGUGUACAUGGAGGACGAUGUCUGGAGGACUGAGACGGUCCUCAACGACCACGGCACUCAGUACUACGGCACCUACAAUCAGGUCGGAGUCAAAGCAUGGGCCUACAACCAGUUCAACUAUGGCAUACUGGACACUGCUCUCCACCUUGUGAGGAAAUCGUUCGGGUUCCAGGCUACGCCAGCUAUGGCAAGCCCGGUCAAAGUAUCCAGGAUGAUCGCAAAGAUUGUGAACUCCCCUGACGAUGACGGAGUACUCUUGGGCAACUGGAGUGGAAAUUAUGCUGGGGGUGUUGCCCCGACUGCGUGGGUGGGCAGCGAGAAGAUCCUGUUGGAGUACAUGAAGACAGCGAAACCAGUGCGGUACGGCCAGUGCUGGGUAUUCUCCGCCGUCACCACUGCUGUGUGCAGAGCUCUUGGACUGCCUUGUCGCAGCAUCACCAACUUCUCCUCUGCUCACAACACCGACCUGUUCCGUCUCAGCGUCGAUGUCAUCAAAAGAGAAGUGGGAGGCGUAAUCGAGGAAACCAAGGAUGAUUUUAUUUGGAACUUCCACGUCUGGAAUGAGGUGUUCAUGAGACGCCCGGAUCUGAACACUGACGCCAUAAAGUACGACGGCUGGCAAGUCAUUGACGCCACGCCCCAAGAACGCAGCGAUGGUGUGUAUGUGUGCGGCCCGGCCCCUGUGGUUGCCAUUAAAGAAGGCCACUUGAACGUAGGUGACGACACCAGCUUCGUCUACGCUGAGGUGAACGCCGACAAGGUGGAAUGGACGAACAGCAAUGUGCUCAAUACACUCGUCGAAACGAAGCGGGACAGAUAUGCAAUCGGCAAGAACAUCAGCACCCACAAACCGACAGGCAAGCCCUACGCCUCUUCCUCCACAGGCAACUUCAUGACUGGAGAUGACAACAUGGAGAGGGAAGACCUCACGAAGUGCUACAAGUACGAAGACGGUACGCCAAGAACUACAUUGAAAUCUUGAACCCGUAAAAAUCCGGGUAGAAUAGGUCUUC